AUGGCUACAAUACUACCCAGGUGCAGUGGGUACGUCUGCCGCUCAUGUCAAAAGCUCGCUACGGCACAACCCAGUCGGCGACGAUUCGUCUCCCAGGUCGCCAGUCCUCCAAAGCAGGAAGCCGCCUCGCAUCCCAGGCGCACCAUAGCCAUACCACUGAGGAGACGGGCGACGCAAAGCCCAGAGUUUCCUCCCGCGCAGAACAGAUCGACGCAGAGCCCAGAGUUACCUGUUGCACAGCACAGAUCGACGCCAGCCAGGGCAUCUAAGCCGGUGAACACGCGGUUUCCUCCUGCAAAAGCCGCCUCCGCCAAUACGUUUUCUGAUCCGGCUCAAAAACUGAAAGACUUUGAGAAGUUCGUCGCACACGUCCAGUCCACGGACGCGGCAGCAGACCAUGAUGACGUUUUGGAGGCACUUAUGGACAUGUACGAGCUAUCGAACGUGCUGGUGCACGGCACGAGGAAUAUACCAGACGAAGACGGCGCGAGCUCGAGCACAGCCCCCUCCUCCGCGGCCACUUCGCAAGGGAAAGACCUAGAAGACGCACUCCUCGACGACCUGGCGGAGGACAAGUCGACAGCCGCGCGACCGGUCUCACCACAGACCACUGACUCAGUCUCAGUGUCAUCUCAAGACCAAACUCACAUGACGGCGUCCUUCCGCGCCAAUGCGGCCGCCACGCUCUCUCACCUCUCCUACACCCUCCUCCGCGACCCGAAAGUCUACAUCACCGAAGACAUGCUGCAGAUGUACGUGCGCCUGCAGUGCCAGCUCGGCAAGCCAGAGUACCUCCCCGAGAUCUUCCACCUGUACGCGACGAAACCGAUCCCGCGCCCGGGCUCCGGUACCGCGGCCCCAAUCAAGUUCUCCUCCCCGUGGCGCAAACUGCCCAAAUACGCGGUUCCCAUCGACCUGGCCGAGGCCGCGCUGGAGAGUGCGAUCCUGCACAAGAAUCUGCCCCUCGCCAUUGCGAUCAUCGACACCACGGUUGCGGCCCCAGCAUUCCGCACGAGCAGGAUGCUCCGCAAAGCAGGCGUCCCCGGUGCGGUGGUUGCAGCGACGCCGCUCGUGGCGUACGCGGCCGCCGACUGGGUCGCGCAGUGGCAAAAUACCAUGGACGUCGAGAUGGCGAAAUGGACGGCCGUCGCGGGCGCGGCCGCGUACAUUGGCACGUUGAGCACCAUCGGGUUCGUCGCCGUCACGACGUAUAAUGAUCAGAUGGUCCGGGUUGUGUGGCGGCCUGGCACCCAUUUGAGCAGUCGUUGGCUCCGUGAGGAGGAGAGGCGGUUCUUUGAUCGCCUCGCUUUGGCGUGGGGGUUUCAGGAGAAGGCGAGGUGGGGGGAGGAGCAUGGACCUGAGUGGUUGCGCCUCAGGGAUGAAGUGGGACUGAGGGAUAUGAUUCUUGAUAAGACGGAUUUGAUGGAGGGGAUGCAGUAG